CGACGCUUUGACUGUAUUUUCAAUUGACCCUCGGCACGCGCAGCCGAUGCGUCCCGUGUGAGCUGCUGGCAUAACCAGCAGCCUCAUCCGGAGCGACAGCAAGCGAUCAAGGUUUGCUCAGUUUGCCCCAGGAAAGCCCCCCUUGAGUAGUGAUAGCCGGGGAUGAUGGCCAAGGGCGCGUCGUAUCUGUCCGAAUACACCAUCUUGGGUCAGUCAGCACACACGACACUCGAACACAAACACCGAUGGAUUGAUGGGUUCCCUUCCAUACCACACCCUCACCUCUCCCGGUGGGUCCAUGCUCACCGUCGUGUCUGUGUGUGUGCCUGUGGGUGCGUGUGUGUAUGUGUCAGGGCGUCUCCGGUGGCAGGACGGCGCGGCCACCGACGACGAGGAGUUCACCCUCAUCAACGGCGCCCAUCGCACUCUAUGUGACCUGCACCAGCACACCGAUGCAACAGCCGCACACUCGCCGGCAUCCCAGUCGGCACCCCACCCCCCCAGGCCCUCUGACGAGGACGCGCGUGAGGUGCUGCAGACGCUCUACUGCCUCAUAGCGUCUCACCUGGCCAACCAGAAGCCCACCAACGGCCUCCCCUCCACCUACACCCCCACCCCCCCAAGAGUACAGCCCCUCUCGCGUGAGGAGCCCUCGGACGUCACCAUCAGCCUGGAGCCCUUCACGGGCACCGAGGCGCUCCCCGAGAUGGUCGAUCGGGUGCUGGGCGGCCUUGAUUCAGACCGGUCGUCGGCUGGCGCUGCCGAUGGGACCGGUGCGGCCGACGACCUUCCUGUGUGUCACUUGCCGGACGCGUUGCGUCAGAACCUGAUGCUGCCAUCGCUGGUGCGUGACGGCGCCAUCCCUCCCCCCAUGCGGCGCCUCAAGGCAGCACUCAGCACAUACCAGCACCAGGCCAAGACCGACGGCGCAAUCAAACUGGACGCUGCCGGCCUCACCGCUGCCGUGUCCAACUCCACCUUCUCCCGCAUCUGGGAUGCCGCGUCGGGCGACCUCGGCGACCUGCUGGUGUCGCCCCUCCUGUCGCUCGUCAUGGAUGGGGCGUUGAGCGGCGGCCCCCUCAGUGGCGCCCGGGCGGGUCUUCACACCAUGGCGUCGGCCGACACCUCUGCGUCGCCCAUCAGCACGGUGGGUGUGGUGCAGCCGGGGAUGGCCCCGAUGGAGAGCGACGCGCCGCCUCUGCUGCAGUCCUACCUGACGGAUGCCUAUCGGGUGCUGUGCCAGCAGCGGCCGCUGGCGGCCCUGAGCAAGGUCAACCGGGGCGGGGGGGGCGGGGCCUCGCCCGCAUCUUCCCUGCAAUCGAGCUUCAACGAGCCCUUCGCCAAGGUGCUCAACGAGGUGUGCCUGUCGUUGCUGCGGCGCGCUCUCCGGCAGAGCAGCACCGCGAGUGUGGGCGUGUCGUGUCUGAACGUGCUGCUCAUCCUGUCGCUGCACCUUGGGUCCCUCCAGCAGUUCCUGCGCUUCUUCGACGCACUGUGGUCGCAGCUCAUCCUCCAGAGAUACUACCCACACAUCCCGCCGCCGUCACGACACAAGCCCAACGUGCCCUUCCAGAGCAUCAUCCGUGAGGGGGUCGAGAGCGACGCCAGCAGCCCCCAGGCGUCCUCCCCUCCCCUCUCGUACGCCUCUCGCGUCGGCUCGGGGCUGGCCAUGGGUGUGGGUGGCGUGACGUCUGGGAGCUACCCCUCAGUGGUGCAUCUGGACCUGCUGGCCAUCCAGUACCCAGUGUCGUUUGUGGGCAGCGGCCCAGGAGUGCCGAGCAGCAAGUCGCUCAAGGACGGCAAGUCGGGCAACACCCACCGCUUCCCCCACUGCGGCGCAUAUGCCUUCCAGGUGGUGCUGGCCGUCUCGUCGGAGGACCCCGCCAUGGGCGGCGACGCCUGGGAGAGCCCUCGCACGGUGCUCGGCUUCUCGUUUGCAGUGGGCCGUGAUGGGAACGACAGCAGCCAGCUGCCGAUCAACGAGAGGGCGUUUCUGCGCAUCGAGGUCGAGGGCGGCACACUGACGCUGCUCGGGGACAGACUCAACGAAAGAGACUGGGUGCAGCCGGCGGGACUCACUGAGGUAUCGACGACACACCGAUGGGUUCACACACGCACACGCACACGCACACACACUCCUUUCUUUCAUGUGUGUGUGCCGUCUUGUCUUGUGUGCUCAGAUUGGUGUUCGUGACAUAUCGGGUCAGCAGGCGAUCAGCCUGGACAUCUUGAUCGACCAGAGCCGCAUCCCCACCUUCGACGACACCCCCGACGACCGAUCGAGCAAGAGCGGCGACAUCGUGAUAUACGCCGACGGCGACCUGGUGUACCGCAGCCCCAUCCCCUCCCCACCCGCCCCCCAACACACCAACAUAUUCGUCGCCGCACGCAACCAGCUGGUCUUCUCCGCUGAGACGGCACCCAAGGACUCCAAAGUCGACGUUGUCCCCAUACCCAGCUGGUCAUGCAACUUCGUGCGCGAGCUGCACCACCGAAAGCUCAUCGGCACCAACGGGUGGUCGGCGCGACGAUCGGCUUCCCACAGACAGCGCACACUCGCCGGCAGCUUCGCGUCGAGGAGGGGCCAGAAGGGCCAGCCCAUCUGCCCGCCGGUCGCCAUCCCCGGCGCCCCCCAGGGCCUGGCCGCCCCGGCAGACAGUGCGUUCUUCCAGUCCCCUACUGUCAUCCGCAACCAGACGGGGGCGGAGGGGCCCUCGACGGCCGAUCCACCCGCUACUGCUGCAGCAGCAGCAGCUGGUGCAUCGACAGGCAGGGCUGACGGGCCGAUAGAGAUGGUCCCUGACAUGGACGGAGGUCUGGCGGCGUUCGGUGGCAGCCCGGUGCCCGAGGGUCCUUCCCUGGAGCCGCUGGAGCUGUCGGCCCGGUGUGCGGCGACUCUGCAUCGCAUUGUCAUGAGGAGCGACCGUGCGGUGCCGCACUUUCCUAACAUGGACGACGACCCUCUACGGCAUCUGUUCCUCUUUCCCUCCAGCUCGCCACCCUCCCUCGUCCUCCGCACACUGGAGCUUUUCGUGGGGGUCAUGGAGUCCAUCUGUGAGCUGCUGAGACGAUACGGCGACCGCAGCGGGGCGAGGUCACGGUCGACCACCCGGGACAGGGCACAGCGGUCCAACGAAACCGACACGAUGGAGAUCACCUUGAAGAUCGAGGCCUACCCCGACCAGUCGGGACAACAGGGCGGACAGGGGCAGGGAGAUUGCACUGAGGAUGGUGGCGACGGGGACAGGGAGGUGGAGGAGGAGAUGAUGGUGGACCGCGACAUGGAGGCGUGGCAGCGGGCCGUGGAGACGGCCUGCUCCCUCGUGGGCGUCCUCAAGUACCUGCUGGAGGACAAUAGCGGCAACGGGUGUGUGCGGGAGGCUCUUCAGAAGCACGCACAGCCGGCACUCACCAUCCGCCUCCUCGACUGCAUGCUUUUCUUCCUACAAGUGAGAGAGGAGACAGGGUCAAGACACAACCAAUACCAUACAGCACAGCACAGCAGCCACCCUCUGUCUGAAACGCCUUGCCUUGCUUGUGUUGUGUGUCACAAUGUCACAAUUUCAGGUAGAGGACCCGUUCACUUCGCCGCUGCAUCGGCACGGGGCGGCCACGCCCCCGCCGUCCGAUAUGGCCACCGACGCGGCGAGCCGGUGGCAGUGGUGCCGUGUGGGCGUGGCGUGGCUGCUGCACCGCAUCACUCUCAAGGCCGUGGCGGCCGCCCACCCUCUGAUACUCAAGAUCAUCUUCUGGCGCGCACCCGCACACCAGCUCUGCAGAUUCCUAUCUAUUCUCGCCACAAGGAGACCUUACGAGGUCAGUAACUAACGUAACGUACACCUAUCACAUCACCCACCCGGCAUGGCAGUCCUCUGACUGAUAUGCAUAACAUGCUUACUUGUGGGUGGGUUCCUGUAUGUGUCUGUCUCAGUCGGGGCUCGUGCAGGGUCUGUUAAGUCAGUUGGAGGAGAAGGGCGUCACCGCCAUCAUAGUCAAGUAAGGGAAUGGCAUGACAAGCAGCGACGUCGCGGUCAGAAUGAAUGGUAUGAUUCUAUCGCUUCAUCCCAUCCUUCAGGCACAUCUUCAGCGAGGCGGGCUCCGCCCGCCCACAAUCUGCCCAGUCACCCUUCCUGUCACCGGCCAGCCCCGGCACACCACUUUUCCCGAAAGGUGAGGAAGCUAGUGAGAUGAACAGACACAGACUCAAGGCUUGUGUGCAUCAUGUGUGUAUGUCUCUCUGUCUGCCUGGUCUGUCUGCGCAGCGUGGGGCACUUUAUUGGGUGGGGGUCCAAUCCCGUCCCCCCUGCUGUCCCCCCGCCAGCCGGCCACCCCAAGCCCCACACCGGGCGGCAAGCGACGGCCCCUGGAGGGAUCCAACUUCUGGCAGUGCUUCAACGAGAUGGUGCGGCGGGCAGAGAGGCAGUUCCAGGCCGUGGCCAGGCGAAAGGACGCCAUCAAGGACAGAGAGAGGGACGAGACCGACGAGACAGUCGAGGCGGUGGGCAGUGACGAGCAGCGGUCCGUGGUGCAUGAGCGGGAGUUGGAGAGCUGCCUGGAGGUGCUCGACCCAAUGGUCAGCUUCUCGUCCAACGGUGUGCUCGUGGGGGGCCGCAUGGUGACCAGCGACGAGCUGGGCUUGUCGCAUGUCCGGCUGCGCAAGCCGCGGAAAGAUGCCACUCUGGGCACGGCUGGUGAGGUGGCAGGUGUGCUGGCUCGGCACGCGACCAAGCAGAUGAUAUGGGGCAUCCUCAACAUGCUGCAGAAGGAGGCCUCCAAGACAGGCCAGGUGUCCACCCAGAGCCAGCCGGGGCGGAGCCAACGGAACAGCCCCUCCCCCCCUCCAUCCUCUCACGACGACUCUCAGCGCGGCCGCUCGUCCAGGAGCCCCAGGCAGCCAUCGUCGCCCGCCCCAUCCGGCGGCGGCAUGGGCCCCGGCACAUCCUCACUGGAAGAGGCGUGCGCGAUUCUGGAGGAGAUCAUGCGGAUGCUGCUGUCCAACGGGCACCGGGUCAUGGCCACUCUGGCGGACGUGGUGGGCCCACUGGGCACACCACCACGCAACGGCUUCGACGGGCCGGCCGCACUCAUGCACCGCGUGGCGUUCGCAACGGAGGCGACGGUGGGUGUGGAGGCGGGGGUGCUGCUCGACGGCUCCACCAUUCUGCACACGGCCGUGCUGCCGUGUCUGGGCAACCUGACGGCUCUGACGUCGGCGCCUCCGUCGCCCUCCAACCUUCGUGUGCUUGCUCUGCUGCUCCGACUGUGGCCGCGUAUUCUGAGGCUGGCGCUGAGGUGCCUUCUCGUCACCCGACAGAUAUCCACUCUGUCUGCCGUGUCGCGACAGGUACACACUUGAGGGAGACAAUACAUAUAUCUGUGUGAAUGCAUUCAGUCAGAUGAUGGAUGAUCCGGGUGUGUGUGUCAUCUGUGUCAGGUGUUCCAUCCGAUAGUCGACUUCUCAGUAGGCGUGGUGAGCGUGACGUGUCACUUCCUGCUGUGGUUCUCGCGAGACGCCACUCAGUACAUCCACCCCCCAUCCAGCCCCGACUCACCGUCGCCCGUCCUACCCCCCAACGCAUCCCUGCCCCCGCUGCUCGUCGCCGGCGCCCGCUACGUCCCCUCGCCGCAGGGCCACGGACUCAACGCUGUCGAGCACGCCCUCCGCAGCAUCACACUCACCCUCAUGGAGUGCUCCGCCCCCUCGCCACAGACGGGGUCGACGCAUGUCAACCCCCACUCUCUCCCGAGGGGCGUGGCGGAUUUCGUGGAGGCCUUCCGUCUGGCGUCUGUGCGUGAGGCGGCCAACGCGGCUGCAGCAGAGGAGGGAGGCGGCGAGGCGAGCGGCAAGCGGCCUGCGCUGCCACUGACGCUCGGCGGGGGGCUGGUAGGGGGGACGGAGGAGGACCGUGCGCCGACAGCCUUUUCCAUGAGUGUUUUGGAGGGCGACAAGGAGUUCCAGGAGGCAUGCCCCAACUGGACACCAUUCCACCCAAGCAUCAAAGAGGUCAGAGAGAAGCCAAGCCAGUGUGCAACAGCUUGCUUGAAUGAGCCAGAAAGCCAUGUUUGUCCGUCUCUGUGCUGUGUGUGUUGGGGUGCUGUGUUCAGGUUGAGCGUGCGCUAGUGGCGUGUUUAUUGCAUCUGAGCGGGUAUUCGGGCCCCCCCAAGUCGCGUGUGCCCACACAGGGAGGUGGGGCGGCAGCAGCAGCAGCGGCCGCGGCUCUGGACGACGCUGUGGAGCAGGCACCGACCGAGAUGGCGCCAGAGCUGAAGGAGGCGUUCAGUUUGGCUCGUCGUGCGGCCAUGCGGCUGCUGGCUGACGUACAGCGCUGCUGUGCGACGGUGUCUCAGGGGUCCACCAGCAACAGGGGAGAGGACGCAUCACCUAUCGCCAUGGUCGAGGGGGUCAGUUGAGCAGCAACCAAACACCAAGAGAGAGAGGGCCCAUUGAGCAAUCAACACUGCCUGCCUGUCAAUCAACACUGCCUGCCUGUCUUUGUAUGUAUCAUAUUGUGCAAUCAGGUCCUGGGUGACGACAGCAGCCCCGCCGCAGCACCAGCCUCGCCCUCGCCCUUCAGCACGGGCAUGAGCAAACACGCCGAGAAGAAGGAGGAGAUCCUCGGGGCCGUCCUCAACAGAUGCGUGUGGCUCCUCAACAUCUGCCCUCGCGGCGUCUGUCGGCCCCGCACCCCGGCAACCGGCACAUGGGCAGGCGGACAGGAGACCCUCAGACGGGCGGCACUCACCAUCUCGAGCGGCUACCUGCGGUCGGCAUCGGCUGCUGAGCAGGCUCUUUCCCUCAUGCUGCAGAGUCCGCCCUCCCCCGCCCCUCCCAAGUCCCCCGAGAUCCCCCCUCCCACCCAGCCGCCCAACGCGCCAGGAGGCGCCUCGCCCACCAACAACGGCAGCUCGGGAGCAGACACCCGCCAGACGCUCUCCAAGAAGCCAUCGCUGUCGACUGUCCAUAGAGUGAUUGGCUCGCAUCGUGAGGCGGGGCGGCUGGUGAGGAAUGUCGACCUGCUUGCUCGACUGCAUGGGUCGAGGAGGGUGUCUUCGGCGCUGGAGCGAGGCGACACGGUCGGCCACUGGGCCCGGUCGGCGUCGAUUGACGAGGAGGGGGCGGGUCAUGGUGGUGAUGGGGCGUGGUACGGCCAGAGUGGGGCUGCUGUCUCGCGGGACGACGCUGUGCCCAUCGAGCAGGCCCCUGUCUCAGACCUACUUGGACACUUCCUCAGUAAGCCAGCCACACCAACCAACCAACCAGCCAACCGACACAAAGAGGUGACGUGCCCGUGGUCGAUCCUGUGUUCCCUUCAGGCUUUUUGUGCCAAGGUCCUGACGUCAAGGUGGCCGAGGAUGCCCUCCGCAUCGAGCACCUCAGCUCACUCUUCCACUACAUCACACUCAGGAGCCUCCGCGCCCUCCUGCUUGCCGGCCUCUGUGCGCAGAUCCCCCGCGUCGGCCCGCGUGGCGCCACCUACCAGGCCGACAGCGGCAAGGGCGGGCAGGGCACCCGCUCAUUCCCCAAGACGUGGUCCUCCGACGACCUGGAGCCGCAGGGCAAGCAGCUGCCCCACUCUGGGUCGGGUGGCGUGGAGGCCAGGCUGCCGCUGUCUUUGCCCUACUCGGAUUUCGGCAUGGGUCGCAAGUGUACAUGGCCCGUCAUCCUGGACCUGCUGGUGGGGCCGGUGCUGCCGCCAUCACACGCUUACCAGGAGGGGUCGGGGGCCGACAGGGAGCUGCCGGCCGUGGCGGUGCGGUACGGGGGGUGGCUGCUGCUGUCGACGCUUCACGCCGCGUGUCUGCAGCUGCUUGCACGGCGGUCGGUGGUGACGGGCAGUGGGACCAGCACUUUGAGCGCACAGGCGAUGGUGCCCUUCGGGCUGCAGCCCAUCUCUGAGACCGUGCGAACCACCAUGAAUGAGAUGAUAUGGUGAGUGAGACACACGAAAAAGAAAGGGGCUUGCUUCCUGUCUUGUUGUAUGUAUGUAUGCGUCAUGUUGGUUCGGUUAACUGCAGUGGGGUGACCGAGUGGCACUUGCAGCGCAACCCCCCGUUUGUGUACAACCUGGUGCAGUCGACCUCCUCCUCCCUCGACCACGUCUUCACAGCGGCGCCCGACGACGCCCUGUGGGUGGAGGCCACACUGCGCCUGCUGGUCUUCCACGUCUGCACCAAGACCAGGCCGCUCGACACGGCGAGGUACGUCGUGCCCUUCCUCCACCACCUGCUGCAGGUGGCCUUCCCGCCGCUCCAACGACUCGUCGACCACCGCGGCAACGGACCCCGGACGGACCUCACCCCACAGACAACAGUGCCGCUGGAGAGGGCCGUCACGGCAGUGGUCGUGCGGCGCUAUGACGUGGCAGCCGAGCACGUCGUUGACAGGCUGCCGCUCGAGGGCUUCACGACGCUGUCUAAGUUCCAGUCGGGCAACCGUGUGUGGGUGCUCAUGUCCCAGGCGCAGGGCAAGGCCCCGGCGUUCACGCCGCCCCUCUCAGACCUCUCGGUGCAGGAGUGCUCCGAGGAGCAACCCGACACACAACCACCACCACUACCACCAGCACCAGCAGCAGGAACGCAGCAGCAACCACAAGCGGCAUCGAGAGGCGAUACAGUGGUCCGCAGGGCGCCCUUCGCGCACCGUUCAUCGUCAGCUCUGGUGACGUGGCUGCUGACGGGCAAGGCGGCGGGUGAGGCGAGUGGUGACCAGCUGGCCAUCGCCGACUGCCUGUUGGAGGUCCUGCCUCUGGCAGGCCGGCGGGACUCCGAGGCGCCCGAUGUCGAGGAGCGUUUCCAGCAGCUGCAGGACAGCGGCUUCACGUACGAGGGGACUUUGCGCUAUGACGAUGCCGACGGGGCGCAGCUGUGGAGCAAGAAGAAGCGGCUCGUCACCGCACACCCCACCGCACGGGGCGCCGACGUCCCCGAGGACGCUGAGGCCGAGUUCCCCACAGCAGCGUACAAGGAGUCGUCGCAGAGGCUCAAGCACCGCUCGUGGAAGCUCUUUGAGACGGCACUGUGGGCCGUGCUGGGCAUCGGCAGCGACGCCAACCCCUCACGCGCAGGGGCGUCGAGCAGCGACACCAGCCAGAGGAAGGACGCGGGCUGGGUGCGCAAGGCGGCCAUCCAGGACGGGCAGAAGGACGAGGGGCAGGAGAGGAAGGCCACCACUGCCACCGGCGGGCAGGGCGGCGCUAGGAUGCGCGACAGGGCCGACAGCGACCGUCAGGCCGUCAUGGUGGGUGUGCUGCAGAUGGUCAUGACCGUGGUCAUCAAGGUGGCCGACACGAUGCGCACAGAGGGGCCCAGCGGUGGGGGUCCCGGCCGCAUGAGCAGCAGCGAGUUCCACGCGACAGAGAAGUUCGUCGCAGACCUGCUGGGGGCGCUGCAUGGGUGCGUGCGGCAGUCGUCCAAUGCUGCACUCAUGGUGCUCAAGGCCCUCAUGACGACUCAGGAGGUCAAGGCCAACCAGCUGGAGCCUCUCUUCAACAGCGCCGUGAUCAAGCAGGCCCUCUACCGUCUCAUCACCGAGUGCAUCCGCAACUCACCGCCGUCCGACGAGAGUGAGGACGACCUCACGGCAGCAUAUGGCGGGGCCAGCCCCACCAACGACAGCAUGAACACACAGCUCGUGAUGCACUGCCUCCCCCCUCUCGUCACCAUUCUCCCCGGCGGCGUCGGCGAAGAGGCCACAGAGCUCCUCAAGAUCCCCCCACCGCCCCCUACUCCAGCGGCGCCCGACAACACCGCCGGCACUUCUGGCGCCACACCCACACCGCUCCCUGCGGCCCAGCAGGCCCCCGCUGCCGCCGCGGCAGCCAUCCCGAGCCCGGCGAGCAAUGCGAUGGUCCCUCAGGGCAUGGCCAUGGCCAACAUCUACGCCGCCGGCCAGGUCAGCGACCCCUUCCCUCCCUCCCACCCCCAGUCAUCCUACUUCGUCACGGCACGACCCACAGGCGAGUUCGCGGCAGAGGUGGACGAGCGGACGCUGAGGAUACACCGGGGCGAGGGGCUGGGCGGAGUGGUCCUGUGUCGGGCACCGCUGACCUUCACUGCUCUGUCAGUGGGCCCCCAGCAGCCCAACAACGUACUGACGUUCCGGCUGCAGAGUGCCGGCAGAUUUGGUGUGACGGUGGCGCCUGCCAGUGCUGUGUUCGGCACGCCCUCUGAGGUCUUCGAGCGCAACGAUGUGGUGGGCUUUCGCACACGCACCACGCCCAACUUCCGAGACGACUCCUUCGCCGCCCACGUGCUGUAUGAGGUGGGCGACCUGCUCGACGUGCGGUUCGAGGUGGAUCCUGGUGUGGGCACCAUCCACAGCCAGUCGUGUCUGCGGACUGAGCUCAUGAUAUCUGGGGAGUCCAUCGGGUCCGUGCUGGAGGUGUACUUCGACGAGGCCACCCAGAUGCAGGAGACACAGCGGAUGAACCUGGUCUUCGUCUUCCAGGACCGCAUGACCAUCGCCUACGAGGGACCUGACUUUAACCUCGAGCCGCCCGCAGGUUUCCAGCCGCCACAGCCGGUGGCCAACGGUGCCGGGCCUGCCAACGGCACGGCACCACCCGCCGAGCCCCCCAACGAUCAGAACUACCCUCAGUCGUUCUACCCAUCCUACCCCCCCAUGCAGCAGAGCGACGACGGGGGAUGGCCGCCGCUGCCGUCGGGUCAGCCGGUCACCACCGGGGCACCAGGGAUGCUGCCAUCGAUUCAGAUGCCGGCCUACAUGCCUGUGCCGUCGAUGCUGGGUGGAGGGGGGAUGAAUGGGCUGGCCGCCGGGGGCUCGUCGGACUCGCUGGGAGGGGAGUCCUAUGACGCAUCGACGCCCGGUGCGAUAGCGGCUCCCCCACUGGACGACAAGGAGGCGUGGGAGCAGGGCAAGCCGCUGUUCGUCGAGGCGCUGCGGCUGUACCAGGCUCUGCUGCUGGCCGACGCCAACAUGCUCGUGUCGCUCAAGCAGGAGGUGCUCAUGGACCUCCGCCGAGGCGUCAGGGGGGCUGUGGCACUCAUGGAGGGUUCGCCGAUCCUCGAACAGCCACCCGCAGAGGCCAGGCCAGACAGAGAUGAGAGCCCCAGAGACGGCGCACUGCCGGAAGGAUCCACAGAGCAAGCAGAUUCGGCCGCUGCGAGCAGCGCCCACCUCGAUGCCGAGAGGGAGCGAGAAGGCAGUGGUGAUGAGGAGGGGGACAAGGAGGAGAGUCGCUGGUCUGUGGAGCUGAGCGAUGCCGCCAUCCUGGCCUGCCGGAAGGCCCUGUCUGUAUUGGCGGUGAUAGGGUGCGACAUCACUGGGGAGGGCAUGAAGGAGUCCAUCCAGGAGAGCUCACCCCACCAGGACGCCUUUGGCCUGCCCUGGCUCAUGGGCCACUCGCCACUCAACCGCUGCGUGACGUACGGCCUCACCUCGUCCCAGUGCGAGAUGCUCCUCAGCACCCUGGCUGAGCUCAUCGCCGUCACGCCCAUCCACGAGAUCCUCCUGAGACUCGCCAAGUCCGGCCCUCUGCACCCCUAUGGGCAGCGCGACCAGGACGUCAAGUCGAUUCUGCUAGUGCUGGGCACCAAGGCCCUUCUGGCGUGUGCCCUCACGCUCCGGACGCUCAUCAGCCUGCACCCCGACGGCAACUUCGCCCAGUUGCGUGUGCCGGGGAUGGACGCCGUGCUGUACCACUGCACCACACUGACGAGCUUCGGCGAGAAGUUCCUGUUCAUCAGCUCGGGCACCCACCCCGACCGCUACGACCUGCCGCCGCCGGGCGUGGACACCGACGAUGACGACCUGUCGGCACAGAAACACCCCCGGUCGCCCACGGGUGAGAGCUCCUGGGGCCGGCUGCUGGCUGGUGUCACCAAGCAGCCCAAGGCAGCCGAGGAGAGGAAGGAUGACGAGAGCCCCGGCAAGAAGCAGCAGAGGAGUGGCCCCGGCCGACGCGACCCCCCUGGGGCCCCCUCGCCAUCCCCCAGUGGGCCAGAGGGAGGACAGGCCACCACCGGACCGACAGACCACAUCGACUGGCAUUCUAUCGGCGCCCUCUGCGGUAUCCCCGCUGACGUCUUCGCGGCAGUGGGCACGCCAAAGACCACGGCCCAGCCGGUGAUAGAGGUGACGGAGACCAGCGCACUGUGGCGGUGGAUUCUGAAGCUGGUGCAGGGGUGGGCGGGGCUGCCCGACGGGCCGCAGGGGCCAGUCAAGCAGAAGGACGGCAGCCUCACCAACGACAGCCCCAAUGUGACGUCCAAGGUCUUCAACCUCGACGGCUCGGCAUCCUACUCGUCCAAGCGGCUCGCCACCCGGCUGAUGGAGACGUCGGCCACCUGGGCCCUCAAGAAAGACGUCGUAGAGGUGCUGUGCGGCGUCGCUGCACUGGUGCCAGACCAGUUCGUGCAGCGUCUGCAUGACGGAUACAUCGCCAGGCGACCACCUGUAGCCAAGGAUGACCAGCCCACGUCCUCUGCGGCUGCUGCUGCUGGUGCACCGCCGCCCAGCAGCCGUCCUGGUUCCCUGCUGUCCCCUCACGCGCUCAAUGUGGUUCGGCUGUUCCGUUGCUGCAUCUACUUCAUCAGCCGUGAGAAGGACGACAAUGUGCCCGACUACUGGCUGCCCUUCAAGCCCACCUUCGACUCGCCCCGGGUCAAGCAGCGUGUGUACAAGGAGCUGAACCGAGUGAGCGUCCUCAAAGACGAGCUGUAUGGGUGGCAGCGGGUCUUCUACCUGGCCGUGGCCAUGGCGGCCAACGGACAGGGCCCCGGGACGUACCCCCCACACACAGCGGGUGGUGAGGAUGCAUCCCCCCCUCCCACCGCUGAGGACAGCAUGGGGUUCAGGGAUGCGCUGUUGGAGGUCAUCCAGUCAGAGGUCCUCUACCACCUCGUCGGGUCCGUUGCACAGGUCGUCUCAUCCAAGCAGCGCACCGGCAAGUCCCCCAAGUACUGCGCCCUGUCGCCAUCUGUCCACGUGGCCCACUGGCUGCUGGACGCCUUCAUCCGCCACCCCCUGGCGCCCGGUGGCAUCCGCCGUCGCGUCGCCACCCCCGCCAGCUGGGCGGCGCUGUUUGCCCUGCUCGUGAAUGGGUCUAACCUGCCCAUGAAGCUGGCCAUGGACGCGGCGCGGAUUUCCAACUGGCUGGUGAUGCUGCCGUCACACUCACCGCUGGCCGUCAAGGAGUGGGAGGGCGAAGGGGCCGGACAGGUGUUCGGCGGCCGCGACAACGCCGACACCAUCACGUCCCUCGUGCCGUCGAGCGGCCUGGACUGCUCACCCACAGCGCCGACCCAGCAGGCGGGGCAGGAUUUCGGCUUCUUGGGUGCUGGAUUCGCCGGGCAGGGGGUGCGUCUGAGCACCGGGCGGUCAGUGCGUUCUGGUUCGACGACGAGCAAGCGAGAGAAGGAGGCGCGAGAGCUGCUGCAGAGCAUCAUGAACUGCAUCUGCUACUGCGCGACGUCGGCCACCGGUGCGAUGGACAGCAUGUACAUGGGCCGGGCGGGCCUCGACUGCUUCUCCCUCUCGGAGCUGUACAAGGCCAACAACCGCCAUCGCGUCAAUGCGGCCCUCAUUGUGCACUUCCUGUGCGCCGCUGGAGUGGUCAUCACGCAGAACAACCCCCACCGGUCCCUCAACUGGCCCAAUCUCGCCGGCAGCAAUGCCUUCAGAGACCACCUCAACCUCCUCAGCGUCGCCGCCGGCGUUUCCAACACCUCCAAUGAGGUCAACCUCAACAUGUUCGGACGCGGCAAGGACAGACGACGAAGCAGCACCGGCACUGACGACUCACAGCAGGAGAGACCUCUUCCGUCGUCCGCAUGGGGCCCAGGAGCGCCGCCAGUAACGAUCCCCGAGGGCUCGCCUCUCAACCUGUCCCAGGCGUCGCUUCAGUUGCCGGCCGUGGGGAUGCCCGCGGCCUCUCCGGUCUCCUCGUCGACCCUCCCGGCAAUUGAAGGCCGGUCGCCCAUUCCCCAGACUUUCAUGCGGACGUGCCUGUCCAUCCCGGAGGAGACCGAGACGUCUGAGGUGUCGCCUGUCGAGAUGACCAUCGGGCGUGUCAAGGCCCCUGGGGCAGGGUAUCUCAUGCUGACGCUCUCCGACUGGAUCAAGAAGGACGGCUCCGAGCCAUCGCGGUCGGGCCCCUCACUGCCCAAGGACCUCUCCCCUGUGUCGAACCAGCUCUUCGAUCGCCUCAUCCGCCGUCCCAAGCUACUGGUUGCCGCUGACCGGCUGUUCAAGCAUCUGCUGUUCGAGAUCACCAGCCGCCCCACACCCCGGUGGACUCUUCGACCUGACCUCAUCGAGCAGGGCAGUGACCCCCAGCGCCGCCCGUCGACGGUCGACGUGGACCUGGAUGAAGACAGACACGUGUGCACCAUCACGGUCGGCGGCAGGAGCAGCAGCCCCCCCUCCCCAUCACACAAGGGGGCCGACCCCGCGGCCCAGCGCAGCGACAGCAGCUCCGCGUCAACGACCCUCGUCACCAUCGAGGACUCCCUGCCGUGCGGCGCUUCCCACUCGGUGAUUCGCCUCAAGACGCGCAUUCGGGGUCUGGACAAGCCGGGCAUCGCCUACCCCCGUGUGGGUAUCCUCGACCUGGACUCGCACGACACACCACCCCCUACCAAUGUGACGGAUUGGAAAGACGCCCGUGGCAGCUGGUCGUUGGUGUUUGGGGAAGGACCGCCGAGGCUGGUGUCGACUGGUUCUUGCGACAAGCAGAGCCACAAGCUGUGCGGCGAUGCUGCCGCCACCAGAGGCGGAGUCACACUCCCACCAAGGGCAUUCGCGCAGGGAGUACAGGUCAGUGUCGAGAGGGAGGGCGGGUGGUUAUCGCAUCGGCCACUAGGACCUGAUGGAUACUGUACUUACUGUGUCUGCUUGUUCAGGUGGUGAUGGCGAUAGCUGGCAGGGCAGUGACGUGGGAGGUGAACGGCAAGAUGGUCGCUGCCGCCACUCUGCCACUUCCCUGCAAUCAGGUAAGUAUCUACAGCGCAAGGCAAGACCACACCACCUGCCAUCCCUCUGAAGCUUCAUUUAUGGCUGUUCGUUCGUGUCCCCUUUCCUUUCAGGUGCUUCCCGCUGUGUCCAUAUCGUCAGGAAUGUCUGUGCUGCGCAACACCAGCUCGGAGAUGACGGCCACAUUCGAGCUCCAGCCCCUAUGCCCCCCCUCAGCCAUCUCAUCCCUCUGCGACCUCUACUACAGAUGGGAGCCCCUACUCACCGAACGGAAGCUCGAGUGGAACAUCCAUUUCCCCCCUCACCACACACCACGCGGCCCUACCCCACCCACACAGGGGCGGCCGGCUCAGCCUGCGACAGCCUCCUCGCCGGGUGGCUUCCUGCUGCCUGGGCCGCCGAGGCCGACCAAGUCUCUGUCUGGCGCGUCGGAUCGUGUGAUGCUAGAGGGGGUGGAGGUGGAUGAAGGUGGGUCUGUUGUGCGUCUCAAGCCGAACCCACCACCCAAGAGCGAUGCGCCUCCGCCGGCUGCCGAGAAAGGCAAGGAGAAGGGCAAGGGCAAAGACAAGAAGGGCGGCGACGCCAGCCCAUCCAAGAUGGGGUCGCAGGGGUCCAUGUCGGACGUCACGCAGCCCCCCGAGACGAGCGACGGGGGGCAUCUGCCGGAGCUGGCUCUCUUCACUGUUGACCUGCGCAUCCGCAGCGGCAUCAGCCAGGCGGUGCCUUGCGAGAUCCCCCCCGCCGCCGGCUUCAAGCCCUACGGCGCGCCCUUCAACUACCUCACACCUCAGGGCGCCAUCCCCCUCGACCACCGACCCACCACAGCCCCCAUGCACAUGCCUUUGUCCAGCGGCACCGCCUCCCCCCGCCCCUCACCCACCCCCUCAUCUGUUUUCGGGCAACCUACAGGUGCGCUUCCGGCCGUCCCCGCCCCGUCCUCUCCCGAUAGGCCGUCCACAGCGAGCUCUUCGCGACGAUCUGGCGGCCGCGGCCUCCCGGCAGGCCCGCCGCAGAGACCUCCUGUUGCUCCGCAUCCAGCCCACCCCGUCAGACCUCCGAUGAUGCCCGUCCCUGUCGUCCCCCAUCCCCCACCCGUCCGCGCUAACAUCUUCGGCGGCGCAUUUGGGGCGCCCCCGCCUCCAGUAGGCUUCCACCACCCCCCUCCAUCUAUAUUCGGGGGAGGUAUCUUCGGCGGCCCAGUGGCGCCACCUGCCAGCGAGCCAUCGUCGGGGUCGCCCUUCGUCUUCGGCGGCCGCAAGGCACCCACCAGCCCCAUGCUGACUACUCCCGUUGCUGGCAUGGAUGCCGUCUUCCCCGCGCUGCCCUUCAAGUUCCAGGUCAAGAUCAAGGGCGGCAGCGGGAAGGAACCUCCUCCUGCUUUCGGAGUGGUCUGGCAGCACUACCGGUGGCUGUGGCUCGCCAAUGGACGGCUGGUGUGUCCUCUCGACCCUCCCUUGCCGCAGAGCAGCCCACAGACGGCCAUGACGAGCCCGCCGCGGGAGGUGAUGGUCAAGGAGGGCAUUACCCCGUUCUUCGCCAACGACAGCCUCACGGUCGAGUUCCAGCCCUCGAUGCCCGCCCUGCUCUUCUAUAAACAUGACGAGUACCAAUUCGCCUUCCACUUCGAGUACUUCUACAACCGUCCAGGCCCCAAGCAGCCCCGCCAAUCGGCCUCGGUCAAGACGGAGCGCCACAAGCUCAUGAACGAGCUCCACUCGGCCAUCACAAAUCGCUCGGUCGACGCCAUCAAGAAGGUCUUUGACCAGUGCCCGGAUCUCCUUAUGAGCCCGCCACAGCAGAGGGGAGAGGUGGAAUUCACCUCGUACACCGAGACGCCGUCCGCCAGCCCAGCCGAGAAGAAGGACACACCAUUGCGCCUCGCGGUGCGGCUGGGGCUAGAGGAGGUGACCAAGACGCUCAUCGAGCACGGCGGAGCGGCCCCCAACGGCCCGGCGGCCAACCAGAAGAACGCCACUCCUCUGAUGGAGGCCGCGCACUACGGACACGAUCGCCUGGUGGCCCUCCUGGUGUGUGUGUAUGGUGCCGACGUGAAUCAGAAGGACCAGCAGGGGUGGACGGCGCUGCACCAUGCGGUCAACUGGCAGAAAACGUCGACCGCCCUGCUCCUCCUGCGGCUGGGCGCCGACCCCACCAUCAAGCAUGGAGCGGACCUCACCCCGGCCGAGAUGGCCAAAUGCACCGAGGAGUGCAAGGACGUCCUCAACCUCUGGCAAGCCCUGCGCAGCGGCACCAAGCCCACCGGAUGGGCCCCCAUGGCAUCAGCCACAUCCCUUCGACCCCUGCGGUCAGCGCGUUGGUCAGGUCUCCUGGCCAACUGCUCCCCCGUGGUCGGUCUGCCGGCCAUGCCAGCCGACGCAUCAUCGGAUACUGCGCCGAUCGAGGCCAAAGUGGAGGUGCUCGAAAUCGACGGAGAGAGGGUUGGCCAGGCGGCCCUGGCCAAGCGCACUGACGGGCUGGAGGACGAGGACCGCUUGUCGGUCAGUGUCGCCGACAAUGAUGAAGACUCGUCUCAACCGCCAGAGGGCGACGCGCCGGAGGGCGCCAAAAAGAGGAGAGAGGGGACGAAAGAUACCCAAGGGUCGGCUACAGCAUCGUCAGCUCCCUUUGGCGAUCCCUCAACACCCAGCGGAGGCAAUAUCUUCGGUUUCUCGGGUGCCUUCGGCAAGGUGCCAGCCGCGCCACCUGAGAAGGCGGGCGGCAGAGGUGGCGGCAGGAGGUCAAAGGGCGUCAGGAGCAAACGAGCCGGCCCCACAGUGAGUGGCGGUAGCGGUCCUCCGGGGGCGCCUCACGAAGGGCCAUCCCUUGGCGGCGAUCGGCCGGCGGCGCGAGGCAUCGUGCCCGAGGACCUUGCUCACCGAGUGGGAUGGGCAGGGACCAACAUCAUCACCAGCACGGCACUCCGGCAGCUGCUGUUGGAGCUGAGUGAGAACAUGCGCAGGACCAACGUGAUAGAUGUCGACUGGGACGGGUGGAAGCGGAACCUCAAUGAGGCGCAGACGCUGUCGGACUUUGCUGACGUCAUGUGCCGGGCGGCCAAGGCCAUGAGGGAGCCCAAUGAUGACCUGCCGCCGGAACGGGAGCAGUGGAUCGACAGGUGACACUCACUUAUGCCACACGUCCCUCGGAUGCAAUGUCUCAUUGUAAAUAUGGUCGGGUCGGUCAUCUGUCUGUGUGUGUGUGCAGGACCCGGCGGUCCAAGUCUUUGGAUCAGUUGGCGUAUAGGUUGCUCGAGCUAGAGGCUGAGUUGCACCCCGACUUCAUGCAGCAGCAGUGGCCCGGCCGACAGCGCGAGCACUGGAUCAGACAAGUCAACGCCGAGCUGGGCCUCAUCAAGGUCACGGGCACCGGCGGCAUCGAGUGGACACCCGACGUGUCGCAGGCCAUGGCGCCCCUCAAACAGGACAGCGCCGGUAUGGACCCCCUAGGCCCCACCGACCAGGGCGGCGCAGGACUAUGGUCGGCCCCGCCUUCAUCUCCCGAGUGGGAGGUCAAGAUGAUCGCCAAGUCGUGUCUGACCGAGGACGACCACGUGGUGUCGCUGUGGCACCCCGACUGGCCCUUCACCUACGACGAGCAGCUGCGGAAGCUCAUGGACGUCUUGGGUGUGCAGAGCCAGCUGACGGCCUAUGUGUGGUAUGUGGGUGUCAAGGAGAGGGAGAGGGAGGCGGCGGCCAGGGGGCAGCCCGUGACGGGCAGGAAGCCCAUGGAGGUGACGCUGCCCGACCGAUCCACUGCUGUGUGGAGGAACGCAGACCUGUCGCCUGAGGAAGCUGAGGAGUCGGCCAAACAAAUAUUCAAAGCUGCUCUUGACCUGGUACCAGUCUGCACAGACAGCAUUCACCAGCUGAGCUCACGUUCGUUGACCUACAUUCAUAUACUGACUGCGUGUGGUGUCCUUUCAGUUGAGUCGCGUCCGUCGGCGUCUGUCCGAGCAGCCUUCCUUUCGACUCCUUCGCAGUGGCACAUUCGACGCUCUGCCGUCACAGCGGGCGGGCCUGGCUGCCCUGCCCCUGGACAAGGAGGAGACGCUGCUCAAGACGCUGUUGGCGGGCCGGCUGACGCUCAUCAGCCGCGUCAACGCCAUGGCACAGGAGACGUUCCCCGUCAUUUCGGCCAUCUUCAACAUACCCACGGCACACUACGACUACGACGGGCUCCUCACGCUGGGCCCCACACCCGACUUCUUCAGGGGCGACGCUGAGGUGCUGUGGUGCGCCGACUCCAUCCCAAUGACCAACAGCACGCAGCCGCAGGCAAUCCCGCCGGUCGAUUUAGAUGAGGAUGGCGGUCUGGAUGAGGGCGGGGCGCAGGAGGGGGAGUACGACAUUGACGAGGAGGGCUGUGAGGAGGGCGGCAUGAUGGAGGAGGGAGGCGCGCCGGCGAGGGGAGUGGAGGGGAGGAAGAGGGGCCUGGCGGACCUGUCGGUCCUCAAGAAACUGGUGCUCCAGAUCGGCCCUUCGGACUUGCCCGUGCAGGUCUCCGUCUAUGUGGCCUUGCGACCCCUGCUGCUGGUAAGGAAGAAGGAAAGGCUACUACCGACCUGACCCGCCCUGGCUGCUCUCGAUCACACGUGUGUACGUGCCGCUCGUGUGUGCGUGUGGUGUGCAGCACCAGACCAUCCAGUCGCUGUGGUCGUCGGGUCUGCAGAAGAUGGGCACACCAGGAGGCGAGCGGUUCAGCAUCAAGGUUGGUGACUCAGAAGACAACAAACACACAACACCACACCACAACACGUCUUACCCUUGGUGUGCUUGAAUGCCUUCAGAUCGACCGGGGCCGUGGCGCUACUGCUCGUGACAUCACAGACUCGGUGUGGUACCAGGCGGCCAACCAGAUCUUGCCCCGGUCGUCAGCCAGCCUGCGGGGCAAGUCGGGCGACCGGCCCUUCAUGGUGGUCUUCAGGGGCGAGGGCGCAUCGGACUUUGGCGGGCCCUUCCAAGAGCUGCUCAGCUGGCUCAGCCGAGAGGUCAUGGGCAAACUCGCACACGUCGAUUCCGACGAAGUAAGAGAGAGAUACAUGGCCACGCUGGCAGGCAACAAAUGGAGAGAGAGUGACCUGGCUGCGUCCUUUGUGUGUUCAUUCGAUUUAGCAUUACCCCGAGUUCCACGUGUUUGUGCCGUGUCCCAACUCUGCCCACUCCAUCGGCCCCAACCAGGACACGGUCAUCCUGCACCCAGGCACAUCACCCUACACACCAGAGCCAGCCUACAGGUGGGAGGGAUGGCAGCGAGACCUCCCAGAACAAACCGACAACCCACCAACAGCGACAGCAGCAGACGACCUCCCCGUCGAUGACGACCGCGACCUGCGCAUGGCCCUGGAGCUUAGCGCGCGACCCAUGGAGGACGAUGGCCCCGGUCCCCCUCCGCCCCCCCAGCCACCGAGAGGCGCUGAUCGGUCGUCGCUGCGGAGCGACAAGGACGAUGAGGGCAAGGAGGGGGACGACGACACUCGCCAGGUGCUGCAGCGGGUCGUUAUCGUCCGCACCAAGGGGCGGAGAGACGGUGAGAGAGCUUCGCUCGGCAGCCAGGCCAACGAGGUGGCGACGGGCAUUGAGGACCAGACAGUGGAGAAGGUGCUGCAGCGCCAGAUUGACAGCUGGCCAUGACCGAGGGGGUCGACCAGUUCCUCUCGAGUGCGGCGCUGGAAGAGGCCACCGAUGUGGCUGACGGGAGGGAGCCGACG